AAAAAAACGAAUGACAAAACAACAAUAUCAUGCAAAUAGUGUUCACCAUCAACGGAAAGGUGCAUAAAGCGAACAGUGCAACCGUCCCGAUCGAUACCUCGCUCGGUACCUAUCUGCGCUACCAUGCACAGCUUAAGGGCACUAAGUUUAUGUGCCGUGAGGGUGGAUGUGGUGCGUGCAUCGUCAAUGUUAGCAGCCAGCAUCCCGUCACGAAGGAUAUCAUCUCACGAGCGGUAAACUCGUGUCUAUUUCCACUCUUCUCCUGCAAUGGAUUGGAUAUCGUUACGAUCGAAGGUGUCGGUAACAAGCUGGACGGUUACCAUGCUACCCAACGCCGGCUGGCUCACUUCAACGGAACGCAGUGUGGAUUCUGCUCGCCAGGUAUGGUGAUGAACAUGUACAGCUUGCUGGAAUCGAAGAAGGGCAAAGUUACGAUGGAGGAGGUUGAGAAUUCGUUCGGUGGCAAUAUCUGUCGCUGUACCGGGUACCGGCCUAUUCUGGAUGCAUUCAAAUCUUUGGCGGUAGAUGCAGAUCCAAAGCUGUUGGAAGUCUGUCAGGAUAUUGAGGACGUUCCAAGGAUUUGUCCAAAAAGUUUGGAAGGAACCCCUUGCACGGGCAAGUGUUCGUUGGCAGCACAGUGUGAGGAAGCGAACGACAUUCAGCUGCUGUUUGCUGGUGGCCGUGAAUGGUACAAGGUGGAGAAUGUGCAAGCAAUCUUUCGGAUUUUCGACAAGAUAGAAUCACAAUCGUACAUGCUGAUUGCUGGCAACACAGCCACAGGCGUAUAUCGACGUCCCGACAAUCUGGACGUGUUUAUUGACAUCAGCUCUGUGGCAGAUCUACGUGUAAACUACUUCAACGAUGCAUUGACGAUCGGAGCUAACGUUACACUGACCGAGCUGGUGGGAAUCCUCGAUGAAGCGUCCACCGCCAAGGGAUACGAGUACUGUCGCGAAAUGGUUAAACAUCUUGACCUGAUCGCCAACGUCCCGGUACGCAACGUCGGUACAAUCGCUGGUAAUCUGAGCAUUAAGCAUCAGCAUCGUGAUUUUCCCUCCGAUGUGUAUCUACUACUCGAGGGUGUUGGCGCACGUUUAACGAUCGCCACCUCAACCACCUCAACCAAAGUCGUCACGGUAGAAGAAUAUCUGUCGAUGAACAUGAACAAACGUAUCAUACUAAACAUUCUUCUUUACCCGCUCGAUCCCAAGGAAUACUCCUUGCGCACCUACAAAGUGAUGCCACGAGCACAGAAUGCACAUGCGUACGUUAAUGCGACUGUUCUGCUACAGUUUCAACCGUCCGGCAUGUUACGCACCGCUUCUAUCUGCUAUGGUGGCAUCAAUCCGGGUUUUACCCAUGCCGUGCAGCUUGAAAGUUUCCUUGUCGGGAAAGACAUCUUCCAAGAGUCGGUGUUUGGAGAGGCGUUAAAGUUGCUCAACGACACAAUAGCACCGAACUACGUUCCACCGGAUGCGUCGUCCGAGUAUCGGAAACAUCUUGCAUCGACACUAUUCUACCGUGCGAUUCUGAGCAUCGCAGCUGAUCGUGGCGUUCAGCUCAAUGCUCUGUACUCAAGUGGUACACAGCUAUCGAAGCGAAUGCUUUCAAGUGGUCAGCAAACGUACGAUACCAUUCAAGAGAACUGGCCAAUGACGAAGCACAUACCCAAGGUGGAAGGAUUGUCACAGGCAGCCGGGGAGGCACACUACACCGAUGACAUUCCGAAUCUUCCAGGGCAACUGUUCGGUGCAUUUGUACUGGCCACUAAGCCACGCACCAAUAUCCUCAAAAUAGACGCAAAGCAAGCACUAGCACGCGCAGGUGUGGUAGCGUUCUACUCAGCACGUGACAUACCCGGCACCAAUAAUUUUAUGCCAGUGGAGCUUGACAAUCAGGAAGUGGAGGAGAUAUUCUGCAGUGAUCGUGUGCUCUACCACGGGCAACCGGUAGGUAUUAUUCUCGCUGAAACAUACGACGAAGCGUACCGAGCAGCGAAGCUGGUAGAUAUUGAAUAUGGUCCACCGGACGGUCAACCCAUCUUGCCAACGGUCAAGGAUGUCAUCAAAGCUGGUCAAACCGAUCGCAUACACCCGAGCGACGGGACACAGAUCGGGGAAAAAUACGACACCGGAAGUGGUUCGAUCCGACUCGAGGGCACCUUCGAUCUGCCGAGUCAAUAUCAUCUUUCCAUGGAAACACAACAGUGCGUGUGUGUACCGAUCGACGAUGGGAUGGAUGUGUACAGCUCGACGCAAUGGGUCGAUAUGUGUCAGAUCGCGAUCGCGCGUGCCCUUAAAAUCCCGGAAAACAGUCUCAACUUCCGUAUACGUCGAUUGGGCGGUGCUUUUGGGUCAAAGAUUUCCCGUGCGUCCCAAAUUGCGUGUGCCUGUGCGAUUGCGGCACAUUUCUCCCAACGUCCCGUACGAUUGAUCAUGUCCCUUGAGGACAAUAUGAUGGCGAUUGGCAAGCGUUCGGCUUGCGUCAGUCGCUAUGAAAUUGAAGUUGACGAGCGUGGUCGUGUGCAGCGAUUGCUUAACCAAUUCUAUCAGGACUCUGGCUGUUGCCUAAACGAACCGGUAGAGAAAGUUACUUUCCUAUUUUAUCGCAACUGUUACGAUACGAGCAGCUGGAAGGUGAUGGGUCACAGUGUGUUGACGGAAUCGGCGAGCAGCACGUACUGCAGGGGUCCAGGAACGAACGAGGGCAUCAGUAUGGCCGAAAACAUGAUGGAGCACAUUGCGCAACGUCUGGGACUUGACCCACUAGCCGUGCGUAUGGAAAAUCUCCCAGAAGAUAGCAAAAUCCGAGAGUUGCUCCCAAUGUUUGCAAACGAUGUUCAGUACGAAGCUCGCAGAGAUGAGAUAGUACGAUUCAACGAAACGAACCGUUGGAUCAAGCGUGGAAUCGCAAUCGUUCCGAUGAGAUAUCCACAGUACUUUAUGGGAUCACUGCACGCACUUGUGUCGAUCUACCAUGCCGAUGGAACGGUAGCCAUCACUACCGGCGGUAUCGAUAUGGGCCAGGGUGUGAACACCAAAGUUACCCAGGUUGCGGCUCGCGCGUUGGGUAUCCCGCUGACUAUGAUCAAGGUAAAAGCUAUGGCCAACAUAACCUCACCAAACGCGAUCGUUUCCGGUGGCAGUAUGACAAGCGAUGCAGCGUGUUUCGCCGUACAGAAAGCGUGCGAAAUAUUAAAAACCCGAAUCGAUCCGGUACGACAGCAGCAUCCGGACGAUUCGUGGGAAGCCAUCACACAACGUUGCCACCAGCAGCACGUCGAUCUGUGCGCACUUUAUCAGUACAACGUAACCAAAACGCAACACUACGUCGUGUGGGGUUUAACGUGUUCUGAGGUGGAGGUGGACAUCCUUACCGGAAACGUACAGAUUCGCCGUGUCGACAUACUGGAGGAUGUUGGGGAAAGCAUCAGCCCAGGUAUCGAUAUUGGUCAAAUCGAAGGCGCAUUUGUGAUGGGUAUUGGAUUGUAUUUUACCGAGCAGCUCGUGUACAGUGGUGAGUCUGGACAGCUGCUAACUAAUCGCUCGUGGAACUAUAAACCACCCGGUGCUAAAGAUAUCCCGGUGGACUUCCGCGUUAAGUUUCUACAGAGUACACACAACGAAAACUUUGUUCUGCGUUCUAAAACAACCGGUGAGCCAGCGCUCAAUAUGACUAUUUCGUUGUUGUUUGCUCUUCGGAUGGCACUGAAUUCGGCACGCAGGCAGGCAGGCCUGUCGGAUGAAUGGUAUCCAAUCGAAAUACCAGCUACACCCGAACAAAUAUGUCUGCUGGCGGGUAGUACGAUCGACCAGUUUAAAUUAACAUAA